CAAGGUUAGGGGUUUUAACGGGGCUCCAACCCAUUAAAUUGCGCUCUUUCUCUCUCUGAGUUCUCCAUUGAAGCACACUCAACAUCGCACUUGACGUUCUCCACUACAAACUAUUCGUUCUCAGCAGCUUCUCAGUAGUUUACAAUCGAAUUGUGAUGAAUCCAGGAUCGUUUGACCAAAAACCAGCACCACGAAAGGUGAGAUUUCAGCCAAAAGCUCCAGUACGCAAAGCAACAAAAGCUGCUGUUGCAAAAACUGAAGUGAUUGAUGAUGCUGAAACUGCUGAGGCAAAGGAGUUAGUGCGACGUUUUCAGGAUGCCUUAACAGCGAAGCCUAAGAUUAAUAAAAAAUCAGAACCUGUUCAACGAGUUGCAUUUGGGUACGGAUCAUCAAUCCCCAGUAAUCAAUUCAGUGCCUCCAAUGGAAAUAAUUCUUGGAAUCAAGAUAAAGCUCAGUUUUCCAACCUGAGAGAGAACAAAGAAUACAAAGAACCAUGGAAUUAUUACAGCUAUUAUCCUGUAACUCUUCCUCUUCGAAGGCCUUAUUCUGGAAAUCCAGAUAUCCUUAAUGAAGAAGAAUUUGGGCAAUUGUCUACUUUUGAUGAAAAUAUGUCCAACCCAGCGAUGGAGCUUGGCCUUAUGGAGGAAGAUUCUGAGCCUAGGAUGAUGUUUUUUCAGCUACCAACGACUAUCCCGAUGACAAAACAAACUUCAGCUGCAGGCCAAGAUUCAACCAGCAGCUCCAAACCACCAAGUGGCUCAAACCCCGUAGAGAAGGCUGCUGGAUUAAAAGAUUUACAAGCAGGUAUCAUGGGAAAAAUGCUGAUUUACAAAAGUGGUGCUGUGAAGCUUAAGCUUGGAGAUACCCUUUAUGAUGCAAGCCUUGGUUCAGAUUGUACAUUUGCCCAGGAUGUUGUGGCUAUUAAUUCUGCGGAGAAGCAUUGCUGUGUUGUUGGGGAGCUCAAUAAGCGUGCUAUUCUAACUCCUGAUGUGGACUCUAUUUUGGAUAAAUUUGCUGACUUGGGUUGCUAAUGGUUAAGCUUUAAGAUACGGAGUACUUAGAUUUGAUAGUCUACAGAAAAGAGAAUAUACAGUCUAAACGCGAGGCUCUAUAGAAGUCUGCUUUCCAUACCUUAUAAUUCCUUCAAUGAUAGUUACCAAAAAAAA